AUGGCGAGCCGUAAGAGGACCGACGAUCCAGAUCGUCGGUUGUCGUUGUCUCAACGCCACUUGUGGUCCUCGUCGUCUGACGAGGAGGAGGAGAAGACGACCUCCUCCUGGACGCCCUGCGUAGCGGAGUGUAAGAACUCAUCUCUGAGUCACGUCGACUCCAUCGAGCAGUCGACAGGUCAAGACGCGUCGUCGCGUCGCGACAACAAUCCCUUUAGUUUUAAGGCCUUCUUAAAGAAUGGUAUGCAGCAAACCAACUAUCACAACACCGGGGCAAGGCCAAAAGUCUAUUCAUCCUCUACAUCGAGUCCUGGUAACGUUCUUGAUAAAGAUAAUGUCGGCAGCGGCGUUUAUUCCGGUCGAAACCCAACGGAAUUGCCAGACUUUGUACAGGAUCACCUGGUUAUUGAACAGUGUUACCUAAAUCAUGAAAAUAGUCAACCAAUACUACCUGAUGUGGAUAAUCUGCCGGAUUUUGCAUUGAACAGUAUGGAGCAAAGGCAGUCUCGAUUACGGAACGAGACCAAAAAGAACGACUCUGACAUCUUAUGCGAUGAUCUACGAUCGUUUGAUCUCACUGAUACAUUGCACAAAGGCUUACCACACAGAGAUCAUUCUGCAUCAAAUACAAAAAAUCAAAUGCAUUCAAAUCACUUGGACCUACCUAUGUUCGAGGAUAGACUCAACGAAACUGCACCUAUCUUUCCUCGUCCUGAACACAGAGGAUUUCCAUUCGAUUUGCCAUUACCCUUUCCUGACUCCAAUCCUAGUAUAAAUACAACCGCACGAGGCGAUCUUCCAUCAGGAGGUGAAGCGAAUGUUCACAAAUCUCUACCAGACUUCUUAAGCGAUGGUCCUAUACAUAGAUCUUCAGAUUCAGAACCUACAGCGAGCAUGACAGAAUCCACAGAAAGAAGGCUUUUAUUCGAAAAUGAAAGAUUACGUCAACAAUUAGAAGCAUCUCGAAGGCAACUUAGUGAAAAAAUGGAAAGAAUUCGUUCAUUGGAGGCAGAAUUGUUAUCUAAAAAGGAAGUAGAACACGAAGAGACUGUGCACUUGGAAAAAGCGAUGGAGCAAGUCGAAGAUAACUUAAAACGAAGUACAAAGCGAGCAGUUAAUGCUGAAAGUACUGUCACAUCAUUGAAAAAAGAAAUUAAGAUUUUAACGACAGAGAUAUCUCUACUACGACUAGAGAAUAGUGAACUUCGAGCUAGUAUCUCGGCGGCUGGACAAAGUGAAUCGAAUGCUGGUGCUGUUAAUAUGAAUCGUACAAUUAGAAGGCUUGCGCGUGAUUUAUUCGCGGCUGCAUCGUCGGCUGAAGUAUCCCUCAGACAAUUAAUGUCCGGUGUGGAUAAUCUGAGAGUGCUCGCAUCAACCCUCGAAAAUGUGGACAGGAUAGAAGACUGGACCAAAGACUUUUUACCUGAUUCCGACGAGGAUAAUGCCACCGGUCCCGCAGUAUAAUGGAAUUUUCUCUCUUUCUCUAUAUAUAUAUACAUAUUAUAUAUAUUCGUAUUUUCACACUAUUCUCCUUUUUAUCACUUCAUCAUAUAUCCCAUCAAUUCCCAAUUUCACUGCGCAUCCAUUGAUGAUAAAUGAUCCAUACGUUGAUCGAUUCAACACAUUAAUAUCAAUGCAUUGCUAUGCAAUGUAUUGAUAUUUUGAACGCAAUGAGAAUUUAUUAUUUCAAUCGUUCCUUGUUAUCUACAUUCGUUGCAGAAUUUUUAAUUUCCAUCCCUCCUGCUGCCGCCCAGACUAAUAUCCUAACGUAAGAUCGCUUCGAUUUGAACGUAUAAAUAUAUAUUAUUUAUAAAAUAUUCGUAAUAUUUUUAUAUUUGUGACAAUUUGUAAAAUUUAUUUAAUCGAAUCAAUGACGAUGCAAAGGAGCAGAUACAUUUCCGACGAUAUCAUGACCUUCUUUGAUUGAAGAGGAACAUAUUUUCUUAGUUGUAUAUUGUACGUGUGAACAAAAAAUGCAAAUUUAAAAAAAUAAUCAGAAUCUUACGUGAUAUCGCAAAGUUGAUAGACAUUAAAAAUAUUCAUCUGUUUUCAUCACGCAGCAUAACACGUGAUGUAAAGCUAGAAUAUAUUUUUUAUAUAUACAAGAGAUAUCGAGACUCUGUCUUACCGCGUAUACGAUAUGUACACAUGAGGCUUUAAAUAGACAUAUAUAACAAUUAUACAUUUAGUCCGAUUCCAGUCCAUAAAUUUACUAAUAAGUUCAGAUCACAAUGCUUGUAUAUAAUGUCGUAUAUAUUUAUUUUCGAUCGUAUGUAGAUACAUGCGAAGUACACUCGAAUUGUGUACAAUAUAUGCGUAAUACUUUGGUAUUGAAA